CGGCCGUGUCUCCGCAGCUUUCCCGCCGCCUUCCCGCUGCCGAACGCAUCCCCGCUCCGGGAGCAGAGCUAUCUCGGCGGCGACUUCCCCGUCUACCAGCGCUCGCCGGUAAAUCGGUUUGUGGCGGAGGAGGGUUCGACACGCUUGCGGUACGGGGAGCCCCGAGGCCGGCGUCGUGCCAGGCUUGUGAAGACCCCACCCGAGUGACCAUGUCUCCCGGUCGCAGCUGGUGGCCAGUGUGCUUGGUGGUGACCAUCUGCGGGAUGGCUGGACCUGCCCUGGGUGCAGAGUGCUCCGCGCAGAAGAUGGAGAACAGUAUUAUCGAUAUCAACUUAUCUCUGCCUAGAGGCGUCAGGGGCGCGGAGCCGCUGCACGCCCCAAGCCCGGCGGCUUGCGUUCACGCCUGCUGCUCGGGGGAAAAGUUCUCAGGAGACAAAAAGUGUAAUCUAUUGAUUUUUGAUGCUCGAAGGACAAGCACGCAGCCAAACUGUUACCUGUUUUACUGCCCUAGUACAGAGGCUUGUCCUAUGAAACCUGCAACAGGACUCGUCAGCUACAAGAUAACUAGAGACACUCCUGUCCCAGAGGAUCCAUCCUUCAAAAGUGAGUAUUUCUCUUCAGAUGGGCAUUCUUUGUCUUCGGAUGUUGGAGCCUUUAUACCUCCUGGCCAGCCUGGCCACCAGAAUCCUGCUGUUGCUGUCUUUCAUCAUGAAUCAGAACUCCAGAACCACAUGGGCAAGCAGUUAGACCACAGCCAAUUUCGCACGGUUCUUCCUCAGUCUCAAAGGGCAAAGCAUCUUGAGCGCUUAGACCCUAUUCCAAGGCAGAACUUGCCACCAAAUAUGUCUUCUGCUGUUCCAAUUGGAACCCUCUUUGAUUUGUUCCCUACCACUCAGUCUAGAUCUCCUGAACUCAGCAGUACUGCUCCUGCUCCUCUGCCCACAAGUGCCACUCAACUGCAAUCUCGUACAACAUCUCUGCCUACUGAUGAUCCUAAAUCUACUGCUCUCACCACCACCAGAGCUACCUUUGUACCUACUGGGACCACUGAAGCUAAGCCUGGUCUCCCAGCCACCCACAUUGCUGUUACUCAUGUUCUUCUUUCCAGUCCCACAACUACUUCUUUUAUAACCAAGCAGGUCACCACAAAUUCCAGAUCUGCUACUGCCCUGUCAGGGCGAAAAACUUCAGCCAUCCCUGCUGAGCCAACAGUUGUAUUUUUCAACCAUACCAGUCAUGCUCCUCUCCUCCCUUCAGAUUUCACUCUGUCUACUAAAGAUUCCCUCACAUCUUCCCAAAACAACCCUGAGCGUUAUGACCCAUCUGACUCAGAAAGCUACCUGCUAGAGAGUAUUCUGAGAAGGAAAGGUGUUAUUCAGCUGGGAGAAGAAAGCAGCCUUAUAGCAGCUUUGCUUUUUGGGGUGAUAUUCUUAUUGCUAGUUAUUGUACUGACAGGGAAGAAAAUGUAUGAAUCUCUUCAGAAGAGUCAUUAUACCAGGUUGGAUUACUUGAUCAAUGGAAUGUAUGCUGAUGUGUGAUGGGGGGAGAGAACAAUAUUGUGAGGAGCAAUUGGUGGUUUUUUUUGAGGGGACCACUCUGAAACCUAACUGUAGUUACUGAAAUCUCAGCAGAGGAUCGAUUUGUUUUCUGGCUGCUAGUGGGAAAGCAACAGAUGGCUUUGGUAGGACAGAGAACUGCUGUUUCUGCUCUCAACUAUGAUGCCUGUGCUUUUUGAUUUAUGACUAAAUCCUGAAAAUAAACACUCAAAUCCAAGUUAAACCAAGAAGGCCUUAUAUUUCGGGGGGAAAAGCAUUUAAAGAGCUUGGUCUGGUACUGUGAUGAGAGCAGUGGAAUAGAAGCUUACCUCAUAAACUGAGUACCUGCGCAGCAUGGUUCCAUGGUUCUGUGAUUCCAGAUGCCAUCAUGACAGCUAAUGGCAGGAGAAAUGCUGAGAACAAGCCCUGAAACUUCCCUAAAUGUUUCUGCUGUAAUUAAUCUGUUGGAGACAGAUAGGUGGCAAUAACUGAUAUAGUAUGGUACAGCAAAGAUAGAUUUAAGAGCAGGCAGGCAGACAUAUCUUGGAGUCAUUCAGAGCCCUCUAAUAUGUAGUGAGCAUGGUGAAUGGCAAAAGUAAAGCAAAGAGCUGCAUGAGUACUAUGACUAAGUGGGUGAGGAUGCCAAGCUGAGUGGCCAUUUACAAUUUUUGAGUGAAACAACUUGAAAUGUUGUUUACAUUUAUUUUUUUGCUUGAGCAAAGAAAAGCAGGUAUUAGGCAGGUAUACUGAAACAUUUCUCUUGCUAUGCCAUUUGUCUUUUUGGAUGACAAAGAAAGAAAGGAUCUUUAGGUGACCAGUCUGGAUCUUUCUGGAGGGCUACUUCCAAGCUGUGCUUGAGCACUAGAGGGCAACAACAGUUUAUGAAAUAGGAGUGACACAUUGUGAGGAUGGUAAUUGAAAAAUGUGUUAAUUAGCUCAGGUUUUAACUUUGCAGUCAAUGGCUGUUUCACCACAAAAAUGUUUUAUAGAAAAGCUGGUUUCUUUAUUGGGAAAUUCUGGGUGGAAGAUUAUAUAAACAGACCUUAAAAACUUCUCAUGCAAUCAGAUAGCUGUAAGAGCAACAAAAUUAAGCAUGUUUUCUUCUCUGUUUUAAUAACCAUGGAAUGGGUUGGUUGGUUUGUGUUAGAAGGGACCUCCAAAGGUCAUCUAAUCUAACACCUCUGCCCUCAGCAGGGACAUCCUCCACUAGAUCAGGUUGCUCAAAGAAUUACAGAGCCUGACCUAGAAUACCCCCAGGGAUGGGGCCUCAACUACCUCCCUGGGCAACCUGUUGCAGUGUUCCAUCAUCCUUGUGGUAAAGAACUUGAUCCUAACAUCCGGUUUGAAUCUUCUCUCAUUUCAAAUCACUGCCUUUUGUCCUGUCACUGCAGGUCUCUGCAAACAGCCUCUCUGUAGCUUUCUUGGAGGCCCCUUCAGGUACCGGAAGGUCGCUGUUGAGUUUCCCCAGAGCCUUCUCUUCUCCACACUGAAAAACCCCAGCAUCUUCAGCCUGUUACUGUAACAGAGAUGCUCCGGUCCCCUGAUCAGCUUUGUGGCCCUUCUCUGGACCUUUUCCAUCAUUAUUACUCAGACAUAGACAUUGCCAGUUAACAGAGCAGGAGAGGGAGAUUUCCCAUCAUCAUUCAUGCAGCUGUGAUCCAUACAUAUAUACAUUUCUCAGUCUUAUAUAUGAGUCUGAACA